AUGGUGAACGUAUUUAAUGUCCAAAUUUUCUUUAUCGUGUUUAGAGAAUCCUUAGAGGCCGUCGUUGUCGUUUCGGUCCUCUUGGCUUUUCUUAAACAAGGUUUGGGACAAGCCACCCAAGACCCCGUUGUCUACAAAAAAUUAGUCCGACAAGUGUGGAUAGGGGCGAUACUGGGGGUGGUUGUCUGUCUUAUCAUUGGUUGUGCUUUUAUUGGUGCUUUCUACUCUCUUGGUAACGAUGUUUGGUCUAAGUCGGAAGAUAUCUGGGAAGGUGUCUUCUGUAUUAUUGCGACUGUUUUGAUCUCUCUUAUGGGUCUUGCUAUGCUUCGUAUUAACAAGAUGAAAGAAAAGUGGAGAAUUAAGUUGGCCAGAGCUUUGACUAAGACACCUAGUAAUAAAAAGGACAGAUUCAAGAUUGGUUACUUAACCAAGAAGUACUGUAUGUUCAUUUUGCCUUUCAUUACUUGUUUAAGAGAAGGUUUGGAAGCUGUUGUCUUCGUUGGUGGUGUUGGUUUAAGUUCCCCAGCCACCGCUUUCCCUAUUCCAGUUAUCACUGGUUUAAUUGCUGGUAUUGCUGUUGGUACUCUUUUGUACUACUCUGGUUCGACCGUUUCUUUGCAGAUCUUUUUGAUUAUCUCCACUGGUAUUUUGUACUUAAUCGCUGCUGGUUUAUUCUCCAGAGGUAUUUGGUACUUCGAGAACCAUCUUUUCAGUGUUCAAACUGGUGGUGAUGCUUCUGAAAACGGUUCUGGUCCUGGUACUUAUGAUAUUGCCAAGUCUGUUUGGCACGUCAACUGCUGCAACCCAGAAACCGACAACGGUUGGGAUGUGUUCAACGCUUUAUUAGGAUGGCAAAAUUCUGCUACCUAUGGUUCUGUUAUUUCCUACAACAUCUACUGGUUGGUUAUCAUUGCCGUUAUUCUCUUGAUGCUCUUCGAAGAAAAGCACGGUCACUUACCAUUCCUCAAGAACCUUACCUUAGUUCAAUUGAACCCUAUGUACCACUUGAAGGGCAAGAAGAAGAACAACUUGACCAGUGCUGAAAAGGAAGAAUUGUUCGACAAGGUCAAGAACACUAACUUUGGUGAAGAUUCUGAACAUGAACCACUCACUGAAAUCCGCAAAGAAAUUAGUGAUGUUGAAAAGGUAUCCAAUUAGAGUAAUGUGUACUAUCAUUUGCUGAGGCUGAGGUAUCCAAUUUCCACUAUUACACACACACACACACACUGAUGGGAAUGGAGUGCUCCAGCUGAGGUAAUUGUUAUUAUUCAAUAUUCUUUUUCUUUAUCUUGUUUCUAUCUAAUUUUCAUUUGUAACCUUACUUCGGAGGGGGAAGUUGGGAAUGUUGUGAAAGCAACUCUGAACCAGCAUCUGCAAACGGAGAAAUUGGGUCCUCUUUGUUUGUCUGGGAAGAGUUGCUUUCAUGCUGAGCAAUUAUAUAUAUAUAUGGGUUUUACUUUCACUUUUAGGGGUAUAAUAUACAUUUAUUUCU